CGUGGGACUGAACUAGCGCCCGGUUCCAGCAGCUCCGCCCCGCACAUAUCGCCCAGGACGUGGGCCGGCGCUUCAGAGUGGGCGGGUCCGCGCACGCGCCGUGUCUCCGUGUGGCGGGAUUCCGGAAGUGAGACCCUGAACACAGCGAUGGAGAAGUACGAGCGGAUCCGAGUGGUGGGAAGAGGUGCAUUCGGGAUCGUACACCUGUGUCUGCGCAAGGCUGACCAGAAGCUGGUGAUCCUCAAGCAGAUCCCAGUGGAGCAGAUGACCAAGGAGGAGCGGCAGGCAGCCCAGAAUGAGUGCCAGGUCCUCAAGCUGCUCAAUCACCCCAAUGUCAUUGAGUACUACGAGAACUUCCUGGAGGACAAGGCCCUCAUGAUUGCCAUGGAGUAUGCACCAGGUGGCACCCUGGCUGAGUUCAUUCAGAAGCGUUGCAAUUCCCUGCUGGAGGAGGAGACCAUCCUGCACUUCUUCGUGCAGAUCCUGCUUGCCCUGCACCACGUGCACGCCCACCUCAUCCUGCACCGGGACCUCAAGACCCAGAACAUCCUCCUGGACAGGCACCGCAUGGUGGUCAAGAUCGGCGACUUCGGCAUCUCCAAGAUCCUGAGUAGCAAGAGCAAGGCCUACACGGUGGUGGGCACCCCGUGCUACAUCUCCCCUGAGCUCUGUGAGGGCAAACCCUACAACCAGAAGAGUGACAUCUGGGCCCUGGGCUGUGUCCUCUAUGAGCUGGCCAGCCUUAAGAGGGCCUUUGAGGCUGCGAACCUGCCCGCGCUGGUGCUGAAGAUCAUGAGCGGCACCUUCGCGCCCAUCUCAGACCGAUACAGCCCCGAGCUCCGCCAGCUGGUCCUGAGCCUGCUCAGCCUGGAGCCCGCGCGGCGGCCUCCGCUCAGCCACAUCAUGGCGCAGCCGCUCUGCCUCCGCGCGCUCCUCACCCUCCACACCGACGUGGGCAGCGUCCGCAUGCGAAGGGCCGAGAAGCCUCUGACCACAGGAGCACCCAUGGCCCCCGGCAGUGCCGCCGGUAGGGCCACCAGCGCUCGCUGCAGGGGCAUCCCCCGGGGCCCUACGCGGCCAGCCAUCCCUCCGCUCCUGUCCUCCGUGUACACGUGGGGCAGCGGACUCAGCGCCCCGCUGCGGCUGCCGAUGCUCAACACCGAGGUGGUCCAGGUGGCGGCCGGACGCACCCAGAAGGCUGGCGUCACUCGCUCUGGGCGCCUCAUCCUGUGGGAGGCCCCACCCCUGGGUGCCGCCCUCCCCGGAGCAAUGGAGCAGCAGCAGCCCCAGUUCAUCUCGCGUUUCCUGGAGGGCCAGUCUGGCGUGACCAUCAAGCACGUGGCCUGUGGGGACCUCUUCACCGCCUGUCUGACUGACCGGGGCAUCAUCAUGACCUUUGGCAGUGGCAGUAACGGGUGUCUGGGCCAUGGCUGCCUCACUGACAUCAGCCAGCCCACCAUUGUGGAGGCCCUGCUGGGCUAUGAGAUGGUGCAGGUGGCCUGUGGAGCCUCUCAUGUGCUGGCCCUGUCCACUGAGCGAGAACUCUUUGCCUGGGGCCGCGGAGAUGGCGGCCGGCUGGGACUAGGUACCAGGGAAUCGCAUAGCUGCCCCCAGCAGGUGCCCAUGCCCCCAGGACACGAAGCCCAGCGGGUAGUAUGUGGCAUCGACUCCUCUAUGGUCCUCACUGUGCCUGGCCGAGCCCUGGCCUGUGGGAGUAACAGAUUCAACAAGCUGGGCCUGGACCACCUCUCACCGGGGGAGGAGCCUGCUCCCCACCAGCAAGUAGAGGAAACCCUGAGCUUCACACCACUAGGCUCUGCACCCCUGGACCUGGAGCCCCUGCUGAGCGUGGACCUGGGCACUGCUCACUCAGCUGCUGUGACAGCCUCAGGCGACUGCUACACUUUCGGCAGCAAUCAGCAUGGGCAGUUGGGUACCAGUGCCCGCCGGAGCAGCCGGGCACCCUGGCAGGUCCAAGGACUCCAAGGCAUCAGGGUGGCCAUGGUGGCCUGUGGAGAUGCCUUCACUGUAGCCAUCGGGGCAGACGGGGAGGUGUAUUCUUGGGGCAAAGGGGCCAGAGGACGACUGGGACGGAGGGAUGAGGACACAGGAUUCCCUCGGCCAGUGCAGCUGGAAGAGACACACCCCUACACAGUGACCUCGGUGUCCUGUUGCCAUGGAAACACACUCCUGGCUAUUCGCCCUGUCACAGAAGAGCCUGUCCCUCCCUGAAGCACGUGGACAUCCUUCUUGACAGCAGAUACAUUGCUUCUCUGCAUCCU